AUGUUAAUACCAAUAGAUGGUUUAGAUAUCAUAACUUACACAUUAAGAGCAAUUAACGAAACACUACGAUGCAUGAGAGGAUUAUUUGACGAAAAGUCCAAUAAAACAAAAACAUCUCUUGAUUAUGGUUGCUACUCCUUUUCUUUUGGAGCUGAAGCUAACAACAGAAUCUUCUGUAGUACAGCUCGAGCAGAAGUUUUGGCUGUUUCAAUAAUCACAUACGUGCUGUUGGAGAAAUUGUUGCAAAACCGUUCCGUGCAAACUAUUCAAAAAGCAUCGAUAUCCACUUUGAAACCUACCAUGUUUAGGCAGUACUUGAGCGGACUUUGCAAACAGCCUAGAACUGGAUUGAGGAUAACUCAACUGUUGGCGGUUUCUCCUACCAGAUCAAUAUACAAUUCCCAAACGAUACAUCAAACCCAACCAGCCACCACCACCACUACUACCACUGCUGCUGCUGCUGCUGCUGCUACUACUACUACUACUACUACUACUACAUCUAGCACGCCGACCACCUCACCCUUAUCGGGACUUAGCAAAGUUAUCGAAGACAACAUAGAAGGCUCGCAUAGUGCCAAAACUGGUCCUUCUCAUACAACUUCAACUUCUAAACAAGCCAAGAUAAAUGAAAAGAUUGUGUAUUGGAAACUUUAUUCAACGUUCAAUAGACACAACACAAGAUGCACAUUGGUUGCAGUUGUUGAAGACUUGAAUUUCAUGGAAAACAAUCCAGACUUGUCAUACAAUGAAAAAGUACUCUAUUACUUGCAAUUACCUCACAAGGUCAAAUACUCAGUUACUGCAGGUCAAUUAGGUUUCAGGAAAUCUCAAAGACAAGAAUACGAAGCCGGUUUCCAAGUUGCUGCCAAGAUGUUCAAGACUAUUCAAGAAAGAAACUAUAUUGGUCCUAAUGAUAAGGUCGAGUUGAUUUUAAAGAAUUUUGGAAAGGGAAGAGAAGCUUUCCAAGCUGCAUUACUCGGUAAGGAGGGGUCCUAUUUGAAGAAUAAUAUUGUGAGAAUAAGUGAUGCUACUGUUAUUAGAUUUGGUGGUAAUAGACCAAAGAAAUUACGUCGUUUGUAA